AAUGUGUUAUAUUGUAAAAUAAUAUUGUACAAUAUAAUAUAUAUUAUUUAAAUACAUUUGAGGUUGUGUUUGACUUUUGUGUCUGACUCGUCAACUUUUCGAUAAUGCAAAUCAGUGGGCCAAUUGGUCAAUAAAUCAGACAAAGAGACAUCGACUCCGAUUGUUCUUUAGUUACAUUUGUGUAUUGUAUUGUACAACGACUCCUUUUUUAUAACAUGUAAAUUAUAGUGCCGACAUCUAUUAAAAUAGAUUAAUUCUAAUACAAAAUUCAUUGUGUGAACAUUAAUAUAAGACUAAUAAGUAUAUUUUUAUUUUGUAACAUUUGUAUAUCUCUGUUUGACUUAUUUUAUUGUGCAAAGGAGCAUCAGCGAAUAGGAAAUAUAUUAGAAUUGUAUCAGUGCCUAUAAUGUCUACAUCAAUAUCUGUAUCAUCAUCUAUGGACGAACGUAUGUUGAAGGGAAUAAGAAAGGUGAUACCAAGUUUAAUCAACACCAAAUACAAGGGCCAAGAUGGCAGGGUUGGUAUUUUCGGUGGUAGCAUUGAGUACACGGGAGCACCAUAUUUCGCAGCUAUGAGUGCAUUAAGAACUGGCGCUGAUCUUGUUCACAUAUUUUGUGCAAAGGAUGCUAGUAUUCCUAUUAAAUCAUUCAGUCCAGAACCAAUAGUUCAUCCAGUCUUAGACCAACAAGAUGCAAUCAAGCAAAUAAAACCUUGGCUUGAUCGUCUGCACAUUAUUCUAAUCGGACCUGGACUUGGCAGAGAUGAAAAGAUUUUCAAAACUAUUGUUGAAUUGAUAUCAAUCUGCCGAGAGGCAAGGAAGCCACUUAUUAUCGAUGCAGAUGGAUUGUUUCUGGUCUGCCAGAAGCCGGAAAUUGUGAAAGAUUAUCCUGGAGUCAUUCUGACACCAAAUGCGAUGGAAUUCAGUCGUUUGGUCAAAGCAGUAUUGGACAAAUCUGUACUGCCUGCUCCUAUAGUAAAAGUUUCUGAUGUGAAGCACACAGCGGAAGCUCUUGGAAAGAAUGUGAUAAUUCUGCAUAAAGGAGCUAAGGAUGUGAUUGUGGAUGGUCACAAAGGUACCGAAAUUGUCUCAUGUGGAUUAGCUGGUUCUGGAAGGCGAUGUGGUGGACAGGGAGAUCUCUUAGCUGGUUCAUUGACGGUGUUCUGGUGGUGGGCUAUCUCUGCUGGAACCAGUGAAUGCGCUUUGUCACCUUCAAUAGUAGCGUGCUACGCCGCAUCAAGAUUAAUCCGAGAAUGCAACGCGUCAGCCUUUAAACUGAGACAAAGAGGAAUGUUGACAUCGGAUAUGCUAGAACAGAUACAACCUGUUUUCAACCAGAUUUUUGAAACUCAUUGCAACAAAACUUCCUCAUUUAUCAGAAGAGGUCGAACUCGAAGUACAGAUUCCUGAGGUGUAUGUAUUUUUACGCUAUUAUAUAUAAAUUACAAAAUUUACUUUUGAUUGGCGUA